GCAUGAUCCUGGUGAUCAUAGAGCGCUACAAGGGCGAGAAGCAGCUGCCAGUCCUGGACAAGACCAAGUUCCUGGUCCCGGACCACGUCAACAUGAGCGAGUUGGUCAAGAUAAUCCGGCGCCGCCUGCAGCUGAACCCCACGCAGGCCUUCUUCCUGCUGGUGAACCAGCACAGCAUGGUGAGCGUGUCCACGCCCAUCGCGGACAUCUAUGAGCAGGAGAAGGAUGACGACGGCUUCCUCUACAUGGUCUACGCCUCCCAGGAAACCUUCGGCUUCUGAGCCAGCAGUAGGGGGAGGGGUUGGCAGGGGAGAGGGGGGCCAUGUCAGGCUCUGCCCAGGGGGCUCUUGGCUCCUGAACUGAGCUUCCUCUGCCCCUGGGGGGCCGGGCAGGGAUGCUACCCUUGGGGGAUACCAACCACUCCGCCUCUGCCCUGUGUGCAUCCUGGGCCUGUCAUGUUAGGGUUGCCCCUCUGGGUGCUGGCUGGGGGACGGUGGGGAGCAGCCCCCACCACCCGUGCUCUGUCUGGUUUGUCUUUUUUACUUUAGGCCCCUGCCUGUCUGCCCCUCCCCCACCCGAGGCUCUGCUUCCUGCCUGGAACCACCCACCCUUGAAGGACUGGCCCCUGGCUCACCUGGUCUUGACAUGGUGUAUGGAUCUUUGGUCACUGUCCCUUUGCAGAAUAAAGAUUGCUCAGGCCUGUCUGGC